GGCUGGCACCGGCUAUAAACUCUUGUAUUAAGGAUCCUUACUUGUUGUCCCGAGCUGCAAGUAGGUAGUGGUGUACCUGUACCAAAAGAGUUACGCAGAUCUUAGUGAUCAUUGUGUGGCCCUAGAUAGAACAUAAUAUCUGGUUUUAAGAAAUUGAAGUAGGUACGCCUGAAUUACGGGGUGGUGAUUUUACUACGAUUUCAAGAAGAUAUUGCUGAUGAUUUCGUAUACUAUAUAGCCACUGAAAAUGAUCCAACAUGAAGAAAGCAUUUCUGAACGCUUGGGCAUAAAAAUAAUCGACUCGUCAUCAAAUAUCGACAAAUAUCCACAAAACUCCAUAUUCAAACAACAAUAUUCACUUAGACCUCGUUCUCGUAAAAGAAAACAUAUUUUUUUAGAAGAUAAUGACACAUUUAUCAAUUCGCUACAAAGUAAUAAAAGCAAAUCCAAAGCUCCCCCUCUAAGCAAAUACCGUCGAAAAAACGCCAACGCCAGAGAAAGAACACGAAUGAAAGAAAUCAACGCAGCUUUUGAAAUGCUUCGGAAAGCUGUACCACACAUGACACAACAGGAACAGCAAAACGAAAAGUUAACUAAGAUUACAACUUUAAAGCUAGCGAUGAAAUAUAUUUCCACAUUAUCUGAAUUGUUAUCAAUUAAAAGGAACAGUUUUGUACUUUCAGAUUAUCAUCAUUCUGAAGAGUGUGUUAUCGGUUUAGACAAUGCGUCUCAAACGAUACAAAUUGAUAACAGUAAGCACAACAUAACCGAUUUUAUUUUGGACUUACGCGGUGAAUCUUUCUACAAAACAGCCCUUCCUACUUUUUUCUAUGAUUUUCCGGAACAAUAACAAAUAUAUAAUGUAUUUUAAGUAA